AUGGUGAACUUCCAUCCACACAGCAAUCUCUUCAAAUGGAACAAUGGGGAUUUGCAUCUGUUCCAUGUUGUGACAGGAAACACCACUCCCAGCAACAUGCUGUUUGAUCCCACCCUUGAUAGGCACCUUGUGCAGGCUGUGAAUGCUGUUAUGAGAGAAUUGGGCACAGCUGCAAGGGACCACCAAUCACACCCAUCUCACCAGUCUGUGGUAGAGAUGGGUAUCCUCUACUUGGUGUGCCAGAUCAAGGUGGCCUCUGUACAUCUGAAGCAGACUGCUGAUAUUGCAGGAUGGCCUGCACAUUGGUUUGCAAACCUAGCAAUGGACUUGAAUCAGCUUAAUAGCUUGAUUCUGGUGACAGUGUUGCAUGCCGGUUAUACUCCUCCCCUCCCAGUGUGCUACCAUGCAUACCUCAGACACCAAGAUGAUGAGCUUCACAUUCCCUUGGUGGCUAUAUUCUUCCAAGGAAUACACAGCAGAUUCCCAAAGACUGCAAGGCAAGGGAUUGUUUUCCCUGGCCUGGGAUUUUUUUUUUUUAAGUUGAUGAUGGCCCAGGGCUUAUGGCCAUUGCCUGAGGCACCAAUUGCAGACCAUCUCAAUGGCCAUAUUGAGGAGCAGGUAAACUACUGCAUCAAAAAUAUUUGGAAAUAUGCCAAUGUUGUCAACAGUCAGGGUUGA